AUUACAAAAAUAGCAUUUUAUGUAAUUUUUUAUGAUAUUUCAUUAAUAUAUAGCUGUUAUUAGAUAACAACAUACCACAAUAAUAAACCUUUUAUUGAUAUGGUAUAAGAAUUACCUUUGUGUGUACGGAUUUUGUUCAAAUCGUAUCCGAGAAUCAGAAUGGCAGAUAUUUUGGAUAUAUUAGAUAUAGAACAGCCAGGAGCAUCAGAAAUAACAAGGGAGAGUAUACUUCAUGGCGACAAAACGAAAAAGAAGUAUGUCACCGCUAAAGCUGUGCGCCGGCCGGAGGGAAUGCAUCGGGAGGUUUUCGCACUUUUAUACAAUGAUAAUAAAGAGCUGCCGCCCAUGCUCCCUACAGAUACAGGCAAGGCCUAUAAACAAAACAAAGCUAAGCUAGGUAUGAGAAAGGCAAGAAGAUGGGUGUGGGCUCCAUUCACUAAUCCAGCUCGCAAGGAUAAUGCUGUCUUUCAUCACUGGAAGCGAGCAUCCGAUGAAGCAAAGGAGUAUCCAUUUGCACAAUUUAAUAAACAAGUGUCAAUUCCAUCAUAUUCAGAGUCAGAGUAUAAUCAAUAUUUGAAGUCAGAAGAUUGGAGUCAGGGGGAAACUGAUCAUCUAAUGGACCUCUGUCAGAGGUUUGACUUGAGGUUCAUUAUCAUCCAUGACCGAUGGGAUCGAGCAGCCUUUAGAGACAGGAGUGUUGAGGAUCUGAAAGAGAGAUAUUACAACAUUUGCUCUAUACUUAGCAAGGUCAAAACAAACCCUUGGUCCAACUCUGUAACGUUGGUUAAUGGAGAGAAGCGGGUUUAUCAUUAUGAUGCUGAACAUGAAAGGAAGAGGAAGGAACAGUUGAAAAGACUAUUUGACAGGACUCAAGAACAGAUUGAUGAAGAACAAAUGUUGUUGUCUGAGUUGAAGAAAAUCGAGGUCAGAAAACGUGAAAGGGAAAGAAAAACACAGGACUUGCAAAAGCUGAUCUCACGAGCUGAUAGCGGUGUUAUCACACUGAAUAAUAGUCAAGCAAAUACAACAAUAGAUGGUCCCAAUACUCCCACAACUGCUGCUGCUAACAUUGCACGAAGACAUGACAGGAAAUUGCAUAAAAAAAAGAUCACAUCACAGCAGAGGCCUGUCCGUGCUGUUGAGACUGUUACUGUAGAGUGGUCUGGCAUCAAGUUUCCGGAGGCACGGGCGACUGGAGUGUGGCUGCGCUCCCAGAGGAUGAAGUUGCCACCUGGUGUGGGACAGCGCAAGACCAAAGCUAUAGAGCAGGAGCUGAGGCUUAUGAAUAUCGACAUUGCACCAACUCCCACUGAAGCUAUUUGUAAACAUUUCAAUGAGUUAAGAUCAGACUUAGCUCUUGCUCUGGAUUUGAAGAAUGCACUGGCUUCUUGCGAGUUUGAGUUGCAAGCUUUGAGACACCAGUAUGAAGCUCUAAACCCUGGGAAGACCCUGAGUAUUCCAGCAGGCAUAUGUAAUUCUAAUGUGGAUAUGGAGUCAAAACCGUCUGGGGAAAUAAUAGAUGUUGUUGGAUCCCCGAGUGCAAUGAACACAACCAUCUAGUAUUAUGUUUACAUUGUCAAUAAUGUUGUGAAUUUGACAUAGUUCCGUUGUGGACAGAUACAUGUUACAUACUGUUGGAUUUACCAGAGCCAUGAAAACUAUAUUUGAAAUGCUUGUAGUGAAAAAAAAAGUGGACUUUGCAUGGACUGCAAAUCAAAGACAAAAAGUGUAAACAAUAAAUUAAACCUUUUGUGCAAUUUUUUCUAUCAUGCAAUGUGUUUGUGUACUAAGGAAAAAAUAAAAGUGGUAUUGAUUAAUGUAUUUUAUAUACUAUACAGAUUUUGUUUUUGUAGUUCAAGAUUAUUAAUCUGUAAAUUUAUAU